AUGUUUAGAUCAGCUCCUCCACCCAACCCACUGGACGAGGUGGUUACUAAGGCCACCGACUCGAAUCUGACUACUGAGAACUGGGAGCUUAUUUUGGAUGUGUGUGAUAAAGUCAAUGACGACCCCGAGGAUGGAUCCAAGAAUGCCAUUGACGCGGUAUCCAAACGUCUGGGAUUAUCAGUGGCCAAUGUCCAACUGUAUUCAUUGACAUUGGUAUCAGCACUUGCCCAGAAUUGUGGAUCCAAGAUGCAGAGAGAAAUCGCCACCAAGAAGUUCACGGAUUUGUUGUUGAAGAUCAGUAAAGACAAGUCUGUUCAUAAGACGGUCAAAUCGAAAAUAGCAGAGGUCAUGAAAUCAUUGAGUGAUGAGUUCAAAACAGAUCCUUCACUUAAAAUCAUGGCUGAUGCUUAUUCGAAAUUGAUGAAGUCGAACCCAGCUAUUGCAUUACCCCCGAAACCUGAUAAGCCUGUCAUGACUGAUAGUGACAAGCAACGAGAAGAGGAAGAGCUACAAAUGGUUCUUGCUUUAUCUCUGUCAGAACAGCAGAAUAAUAACAUAAGUGCUCUGCCAAGUCCUCUUUAUUCUAAUGACAGUAGCACCAGUACCGCUAAUAGUGGCAAUUUUGGUAGUGUCAGUGGUGCAAGUGGAAAUGCCAGUGAAAGUGCCGGUGGAAAUGUCGAUGGUGGUGUGUCGUCAGGUUCAGCUGGUCAACAACAGAAACAAGAAACUAAGAAAAUCACUAGAGUUCGAGCAUUGUACGACCAUACAGCCUCGGAAGAGUCUGAAUUGUCGUUUCGGACUGGAGAUGUCAUUUUGGUUAUGGAUACUUCGUUCAAAGACUGGUGGAAGGGGUCGUUGCGAGGAGCAGUGGGUUUAUUCCCAUUAAACUAUGUGACACCACUGACUGAUCCGACUCCUGAAGACCUUCGUAAAGAGGCCGAAGACGAGGCCAAGGUGUUUAACCAGUCACGCAAUAUCGAGAAUUUAUUAGCUUAUUUGAGCUCUAUAGACCAAAGAGGUGAGGGAUCAAUGAUUUUGGAGAACGAGGAGUUACAAAAUACAUAUCAUUCGACAGUAGCACUUCGACCAAAGCUGGUGAAGCUGAUUGAUAAGUACUCGCAGAAAAAGGAUGAUCUCAUCAGUCUCAAUGAUAAAUUUGCCAAGGCCAUGAGAAUCUACGACCAACUUGUCGAGAGCUCGGUAGAAGCUCGUCGAAACAAUUAUCCAGUGGGUUCAUACCAGCAACCACCAGGUCGAAUCCCGUUUCCUCAGCCGCCAUACCCUGUUGACAGUGGAUACGGCCCUCAACGAGCACAUCCCGACCACUACGGAAAUCACCAGCAUUCCCAACAGCAACAACCACCACAACAACAGCGACUUCAACAACAACGACCUGGCUACCCACAACAGCCACAACCACAGCCACAACCACAACAACAGCAGCAGCAGCAACCUCCUCCUCAGGGAUAUCAAAGACCGGGUCCCCAGCAGUCGCAGUCGUACCACCAACAACCACCCCCACAAUCGCAACUACCACAACCUCAAUAUCAUUCUCAACCACAACCACAGCAGUAUGUGCCAUCACAACCUGCUCCACAAGGAUCUCCACAAGGGGCUCCACAAGCAGGGUCCCAGUCUCCUGGCCAGGUUAAUCAAGUACCAUACUCAUACAACCAACCCAGUCACCCUGCAACAUCGCCAUACACGGAUCCUAGAAUGUCACGACUGUCUGUAGGUUCCGUGAACUCGAUCAAUUCGGGCCACUCAAUUCAGAGCCAACCACCCCCAGGCCCCAGUCAUCCAACCGCUCCCUACUCAUCCCAGCCAGGAGCUCCUUCCUACGCCCCACAACCCCAGUAUACUUCUGCUCCCAACUACGGACCCGGACCCAGCCAAUCCCCAUCCUCCGCACCCUCAGCACCUCCAUCUGCCCCACCCUCAGCCCCUGGACCCUCGUCCCCCUACCAAACCCCCACUCAGCCCCCAACCUACGCUGCUCCGCCCCCACCCUCGGCCCCCAUAGACCCAGCCCGACCUCCCACCACCAACCCCUACGUCAACGGCGUCCAAACAUACAACCCGCCCUCCCAAUCUCCCUCACAGCCCCCGGUCAGCUAUCUAACAUAA